AUGUUCGGACGCUUGAACCAGCUUGCGCGACACCUCACCCGCCCGCUCCCCAACUACGCGCACCGCGCUGCAGCUCCGAAGACCGGCUUCGCGAGCCCGAUACAGACGUCACCAGCCAUGGCUGCAACGAACGCGCAGGGCAAGAGCAUGAUCCACACGGCGGCGUGCCUGAUCAUUGGAGACGAGGUGCUGGGCGGCAAGACGGUCGACACCAAUUCGGCCUACUUUGCCAAAUACUGCUUCAAGCUGGGCAUCGCCCUCAAGCGCAUCGAAGUAAUCGCCGAUGACGAGGACGAAAUCAUCGAGGCUGCGCGGCGCAUGUCCCAGAACUACGACUUCGUGGUUACCUCUGGCGGCAUAGGUCCAACGCACGACGACAUCACCUACCAAUCGAUAGCAAAGGCCUUCGGGCUCCCGCUGGUGCUGCAUGACGGAGCGUUCGAGCGCAUGAAACGGCUGUCGAAGCCGCAUCCCUCGCAGCCAAACUUCAGCUGGGACGUGCCGUCGCCGGCGCUUACGGCGAAGAAGCGCAUGGUGGAGCUGCCCAUCGACGAGAGCAAGGACUUGGGCGACCAGGUGGUGUUUGUGGACGACUCGCUGUGGGUGCCCAUCAGCGUGGUCAAUGGAAACAUCCACAUCCUGCCGGGCGUCCCAAGACUGUUUGAAAAACUACUCGAGUCGCUGAAGCCGCAUCUGCUGCCGCGGCUGACGGACCCGGAAGGCAAGGGCGUGUACAGGAUCAUCAUCUCCACGCCAAUGGCGGAGAGCGCAGUCGCGCCGUUUCUGACGGAGCUGGCGCAGCGAGUGGAGCCGAGGGGCGUUAAGGUCGGCUCUUAUCCCCGGUGGGGCAAGGCGCACAACUCGGUGACGCUCGUGGGACGCGACCUGGCGUACAUGGACAGCCUGGUGCCCGAGGUCGAGAGAGAGGUGCAGGGCAAGCGCGUGUCGGUCGAGGGCGAGGACGACGGGCCGGACGGCGAGCCGAUCAGGCCGGCAGGCAGCUAG